AUGCUAAGAACUACUGCCUCAAGACUUGCCACAUGUCGUGGUUACGCCACAAACGCCAUUCGUAAAAACCUAACGAUUGGUUUGAUACCAGGUGACGGUAUCGGUAAAGAAGUCAUCCCAGCUGGUAAACAGGUCCUACAAAACUUGAACUCCAAACAUGGUUUGAACUUCGAUUUCAUCGAUUUACAGGCUGGUUUCCAAACCUUCUUAGAUACCGGAAAGGCAUUACCUGAUGAAACUAUUCAAGUUUUGAAAAAUCAAUGUCAAGGUGCUCUUUUCGGUGCUGUUCAAUCUCCAACUACUAAAGUGGAAGGUUACUCCUCACCAAUUGUCGCACUAAGAAAGGAAAUGGGGUUAUAUGCCAAUGUUCGUCCUGUUAAAUCGGUAGAAGGUACUACUGAUAAGCCUGUUGAUAUGGUUAUCGUAAGGGAAAACACUAGAAGAUUUAUUAACAUAAAAUUAGAAAGAACAUACAUAGAUAGGGCUACUGGAACAAGAGUCGCUGAAGCAACUAAGAGAAUAUCUGAAAUUGCUACAAGAAGGAUUGCCACAAUUGCUCUAGAUAUCGCGUUACAAAGAUUAAAGACUAAUGGUAAGGCUACAUUGACCGUUACACAUAAAUCCAAUGUUUUAUCUCAAAGUGAUGGUCUUUUCAGAGAAAUUUGUAAGGAUGUUUAUGAAUCAAAUAAAGAUAAAUAUGGUCAAAUCAAUUACAAUGAACAAAUUGUUGAUUCCAUGGUCUACAGAAUGUUUAGAGAACCUCAAUGUUUUGAUGUCGUCGUUGCUCCAAACUUAUACGGUGAUAUUCUUUCAGACGGUGCCGCCGCUUUGGUCGGUUCUUUAGGUGUCGUUCCAAGUGCAAACGUUGGUCCAGAAAUUGUUAUCGGUGAACCGUGUCAUGGUUCUGCACCAGACAUUGCCGGUAAGGGUAUUUCUAAUCCAAUUGCUACUAUAAGAUCUACCGCUCUAAUGUUGGAAUUCUUAGGACACAAUGAAGCGGCCCAAGAUAUUCAUAGAGCUGUCGAGGCUAACCUAAAAGAGAAUAAAGUUAAGACUCCAGAUUUAGGCGGUAAAUCUACCACUCAAGAAGUUACUGAAGAUGUCUUAGCAAGAUUAUAA